CCCAUGUCUCCUGACCCACACACACAUCAUGGGCUGGUAACAAACAUAAGGACAACCUAGGGCUUGAUUUGCUCUUUUGACAGCCUAGCCUUGUUGUUUUCCCUUCCUGCUGGUACUUGGUCCCAGCUGGAAGUGUAUAGUUUUUUUCCUAUGCCAAUUUAAGCAACAGGUGCCAUUUUGUUUUUGCUUCCUUGUAGGGGGCCCUGGCACAAGCGCAGGUUUUAUUGGGACUCUAACAGGAAAGGCACAGAGAGCCAUUGUGGUGCUUUCGAUCGGAAAAAUAUUCCGGACUGGGGAAUUGACUCUUGAGAUUGUGUUUUCAGCCUGUUAGUGCAUGAGAGAGAUGGAAGCGCGGUCCUCCACCACUACGACUACCAUAGUCGAGGCUAAGAAUGACCUGAGCGCACAUCCCACACGUUCGUCCAAACGCACCUUAACCGAUGACCUGCACACUACGUUCAACUCCCCCAUGGCCUGGAUCCUCGUGCUGGCUCUCAUCGUAACCUGGUCGGCCGUGGCGGUCAUUAUGUUUGACCUGCUCGACAGCAAGGGUCUUGAAGGACCUCAGCCACACCGUGUCAGGAAAACACUAAAGGAAGCAGGCAGCCUUAGAGGCAAGCCAUCUUACAUCUUACACAUACCGAGUGGUCUUAUGCAGAGAAUUCUUGCCACCGAGGAAAAAAGUUGCAGAGAUACGGGCCAAGGAGAUGAAGAAGAAGACGAAGAGUAUGAGGACGAAGAUGAAGAAGAAGAAGAGGAAGAAGAUGGUGAUGAGAUCGAGGAGGAGGAAGAAGAGGAUGAAGAAGAAGAAGAGGAGGAGGAAGAAGAAGAGAAGGCAGAUGCUGAGGAGGAGGAAGCAGCAGCAAAGGAAGCUGUGGAGGAGGAGAGUAAAGAAGAGGAGGCUGAAGAAAAGGAGGAAGAGAAGGCAGAUGCUGAGGAGGAAGAGGAGGAGGAAGCAGCAGAGGAAGCUGUGGUGGAGGAGGGAAAAGAAGAGGAGGCUGAAGAAAAGGAGGAAGAGAAGGCAGAUGCUGAGGAGGAAGAGGAGGAGGAAGCAGCAGAGGAAGCUGUGGUGGAGGAGGGAAAAGAAGAGGAGGCUGAAGAAAAGGAGGAAGAGAAGGCAGAUGCUGAGGAGGAAGAGGAGGAGGAAGCAGCAGAGGAAGCUGUGGUGGAGGAGGGAAAAGAAGAGGAGGCUGAAGAAAAGGAGGAAGAGAAGGCAGAUGCUGAGGAGGAAGAGGAGGAGGAAGCAGCAGCAGCAGAGGAAGCUGUGGAGGAGGAGGCUGAAGAAAAUGAAAAAAUGGAAGCUGAUGCUGAGGAAGAAGCAGAAGAUGAAGAGGAGGAAGCAGCAGCAGAAGAAACUGUGGAAAAAGGUAAGGAGGAAGAGGAAGCUGCUGCUGCUCCUGCUGUCGAAAGGGAAGAUACUUCAAUCCCUGCUGAACCUUAUGAGGUGAAAGAAGAACAAGUCACUUCUAAAGAAGCUGAGGCAGCUGAAGAAGAGGAGGAGGAGGAUAAAAUUGAUGUAGUUAAAGAACCACCUGAGGACGAAGAUGGAAAAGAAGAUACUCCUGCUGAUAAUAAAGAGAAAAAAGAAGAAGUAGAUGACAUUACUGAUGAUGACCAAAAAGAUGACCAAAGUGAGGAGAAAGAGGCUGAUAUCGUCAUUUCUCUUGGUAUCAUAGCUGAUGCUGGUGCUACAGUCACUGAUGUUGAAGCACAAGAAACUGACAUAACAACCCUGAAAGAAGAGGAGAAAGAUGAAAAGGAUGAAAGCGUAGAGGAAGUGGAAACUGCCGAAAAAGCACCAAAACCAGAACCGAUCCCUAAAGCAGCCGAGGAAGUGAAAGAAAAAGAAGCAGAGAAACCUGUGGCAGAGGCUGAAAAAGAAGACAAACAAAAAGAGCCCUCUACCUGUCCUUGUAUGCAUUCAGUAAUACAUAAAGAGCCUCAAAAAGCCCAAGACACUAAACCAAAGGAAGAAAAAGCUGAACCUGAUAAAGUAAAGAAAAGAGAUAAAAGAGUCACCCUUGAGCACAAGAAAGCAGAGACUAAGAGAAGGGAACCCCUGCUUAAACAGAGAAAAGAAAAAGAGGCUCCAAUAAGAACAAGACUAGAGAAAGCAAAGAAAGCUCCAAAACCAAAGGCAGCGGCUGUCAACAUACCCAAAACGAGAAGAUCUCGAGCCUCAGAGGACAUGGAAGUGUCAGCUGCUCCAGCUCCGAUACAGGAUCUUCCUAUGUGCCGACCAACACCUGUGUACUGCCCAGCGCCACCUGGUUGGUAUGUGCAUCAUAUAGUUACAAGUAGCCCAUUACCACCAUCGGCUAUUCCAGAAUCAGAAGUUCCGAUUUUAACAACUCAUCAAGCUCCAACUUUACUGAAAGAACCAGACGCUGCUAAGGCAAAGCCAAAACAAGCCACUAAAAAGAAAGAACCAGCUGCGCCAAAAGAAAAAGCCAAAGCAGCUCCUACGAAGAAGGAGCCCACAGUUACUAAAGCCAAAGUAAAACCUGCAGUGGCAAAGAAAGGGCUGAUCGCUGUGAAAGAGAGGUCUAAAAGGACAGAGCGAGUGAUCACUAAAGAAAAGGCAAAACCUACCUCUACUAAGAAAGAGCCAGCAGUAACAAAGAAGGCAAAAGUAACAACAACCUCACAUAAAGAAGAGAAAGCUGUAAAGGAAGUGAAGCCCAAAGCAGAGGUCAAGAAAAAGGCAGCAUCAACACCAAAAGCCAAACAAGCUAUUAAAGUUGUGGGAAAACCUGCUCCAGAUGAGAAGAAAAUGGCAGAAGAAACCAAAGAGAAAGCAGCCGAGGCACCAGCAAAAGACCUGAAAGCAGAGGAAAAUGUCACAGAAGGCAAAAAGCCAGGCAAGAUACCGUACUUCCAGUGUGUUUUAAUGAGCUCAAAAUCCAGCCAAUAUCCACUGCGGCCCAUGUCCCCUGCUAUGAAUCCAGCUAUUAACCCCACCAUGAUGAGAGCCAUGAUGGAGCAGAGGGCCGCAUUACUGCAGCAGAAAGCCCGUGCAGCUGGCCAGUAACUGGACGACAGACCCCUGGCAGGUGCAAACUGCUUAUGAACUGCUAUAAAAACAUAGUGCUGCUGGGCUCUCAAGAGCUAUCUUCCUAAACCAUCAGAAACUUUGGUUAGAAACAAAUAAUGAGUAGAGGUCCCUGGUUUCUCAAUGGACGCUCUCCAUUCUUUCAUAAGUGAUUUUUGAAUCUGACCAGUUUCUCAAUUUUGACAAAAAAGAGAUAUAAAUAAAUUCUAAUGUACAUUUUGAAAUAUAUUUAAUGCAUAAACACCUGCCAAAGAAAUGUUGUGUUACUGGGCAGAUUUACUUUUUUAUUUCUUUGAGAUCUUAAAUCAUCUGUUUACAUUUUUUGCAGGGAAGAUUCUGAUGUUGUUUUUUUUCUUAUUGUACAUAAGACUACUCAGCGGUGAAGCAAAUUUAAAACUGGUUAAAUAAUUUAAGUGUUGAUCUAAAUAUUCAGAUAUUUAUUUUUCUAUGUCAGCGUAUAUGAUCCCGUUACGGAAAGAAAUCUAACAGCACACACUCACUAAGGGCCUUAUCAUUUGGCCCAGGCCAUUUCCUAUGACUCACUGUUAAUAAGAUUAUGUGUAGUGUGUCUGGGUUCUAGCAGGGUCUGCGAUCUCUCUGCAUUUGUAUGCAUGGCCAUUAGAAAACAGGAGGACGCCAUUUGGACGGAAUCCGAUUUCUAUCUUAACCAAUGAAAAGAGCUUACAUGCUUAUAGAAUUGAAAGAGACAUUAAGAAAUGAAGGCGCACAAAAGCCUACAGCCUCUAAAUAACGAAAGGCUUUCAUUUUACUUGACUGAGACUUUUCUUGAGUAUCUCUUUAGUUAAUUGAAACCCCUUAUUGAAGGUUAUUAGAUUUAUGAUAGUGAAUUGAAUAGUGUAUGAAUAUGUAAAAUCUAAAUGUUCAAGUAGCAAUUGUGCUACUUGUGUAAAGUAUACAGUAAAUAUAGUGUUUGUCCGCCAUGCCAUAGUUUUCUCUCUUUUCCUAGAUCAGCGGUCUUCAGCCUUUUUCAAACCAAACCCUUUGCAGAUACACACAUUAGCUGCAUUUUAGGCCUGGCCUAAAAUUUAACACAAAUAGUACCAUGUUAAUGUAUUUAUCAUACAUUUUUGCUGGAAGAGCCAUGAAGUAAUUAUUACACAGCCCUGUGUCUUGGGGGGCUGUACAUUUUCCUUCAUGUACAGAAUUAAAAUAACAAAAGCAGACAAAUGACAAUAAAAUAAGUAUUUAAAAAUUAGAUUUUUCUCACAAAAUCUGUACCCAAGUGGGUUUUGAAUGCAGCUUACAAAAGACAAAAAAUUAUUAGAAUGUUCAGUGCGUCAUAUCAUCAGCUGCUAAAUUCAAAUCUGCGUUAGCUGGCUGGCGCUGAGCUAGAGACAGAUGCGUUUAUACAGCACUGCGCAUUAACCAAUCACACACGAUGCUG